AUGACCACAGACAAGGUUUCUCCGGUGAGUAUCUCAUGCCACCAGCCCACUUUGGAUGCCUUUUCCAAUUCUUUUCUCGACUAUUUGCUGCCGUCUCGUCCUGUCUUCCAAACACUCUCUGCUUCACAGCUCAAGUCCUUGGUCCAGGACAAGGUGCACCAGACCACAGAUACCGCUCGUCUCUCAGCCACCGAGGUUCGUAAGCGGGCACAGUCGACCAUGACGCGGGCACAGCGAAAGACCUCCUCGGCGUCCAACACGGCUGUCGAGCAGAUGCAGUCGCUUCUCGACCAGCUAAACCGUACCCGAAUCGUCAGCGAUGUCAAGCUUCUCGGUCAAGCUCCUAAUCUCAUCCUCUCAGGUCUCUCGGCCCGAGGCUUGGACGAUCGCAAGUUGCUUCUUGAGCAGCUCAUCACGUUGCUUGCUAGCAUGCCCGUCGCUUCCAACAUCAGCCAGAAACUCUCUGAUGCACUCAUCGGCAUCAUCUGGGGCAAUUUGCCUCAUCCGCCUGUCUCGUUCAUGGGUCGCGCCCAUCGAUUCCGACGGGCAGAUGGUUCGGACAACAAUAUCAUGAACCCAAAGCUUGGUGCUUCCAACCAGCCCUACUCGCGCAACGUUCAGCGAACUCAACCUCAGAUGGUCAACCUACCCGACCCAGGCACCGUCUACGAUUUGCUCCUGGCGCGUGACAGCUUCGAGCCCCACCCCACAGGCAUCAGCUCUCUCCUCUUCAACUUUGCCAACAUCAUCAUACACGACAUCUUCUCGACUACACGAGAACCCGCUGCUCACUCGGCCAUCAACCAACACUCAUCCUAUCUCGAUCUGCAGGUGGUCUACGGUGCCAACAUGGAGGAGCUGCAACGAGUCCGUACUGGCACACUUGGUCUUCUCAAAGCCGACACUGUCGGCGAUUGGCGUAUGGCCAUGAUGCCACCUGCCACCGCUGCGCUUGCCGUCCUCUUCAGCCGUAGCCACAACAUCAUUGCCAAGCGAAUCUACGAAAUCAACGAGGCCCACCGUUUCGAUGACCUCGAAGGCGAGUCACUCGACGAAGAGCUCUUUGGCAUCGCUCGCCUCGUCAACUGUGGUCUCUUUUUGCACAUCAUCCUCCGCGACUACAUACCGGUCAUCCUCAACACCAACGAUGCCGAGUGGUACGUCAAUCCUCUAGAUCAGAUUAAAAACUUUGGUGGCGUCGGCAGUCUGGAGCGUGGCAUUGGCAACUCGGUCGCUGCCGAGUUCUCUGUGUUGUACCGCUGGCAUGCAGCCGUCUCGCGCAUGGACGAGGAGUGGAUGAACGACUUCCUCGAGUCGCAAUUCCCUGGUAAGAGACCCGAAGAGGUCUCUUCGCGCGAGUUUGUUGAGGCAGCCGCCGCGCUCAAGUCUCAAUUCCAUCACACCGAUCCGAGCGAAUGGAACCUUCACAACUGGGAGAGGGACGGCCAGGGCAAAUUCAAUGAUGGUCUUCUCGCCCAAGUCAUCAAGGAUGCCGUCCAGGACGUCGCUGCUGCUUUCCGUGCUCGCGGUCACCCUAGCUGGUUCCGUCCUAUUGAGAUCCUCGGCAUGCUCACGGCUCGCAAAGAUUGGGCGCUCUGCACCAUGAACGAGUUCCGACACUUCUUGGGUCUCAAGACCUACUCAUCCUUCAGCGAGUGGAACCCUGACCCCAAGGUGUACAAGGCGGCCGAGAUGCUGUACGGCGACAUUGAGAAUCUCGAGCUCUACCCAGGCCUCAUGGCCGAAGAGGCCAAGCCCAGUAUUCCUGGAAGUGGUCUUUGCCCCGGCUACACUAUCUCGCGAGGUAUCCUCAGCGACGCUGCUGCUCUCACUCGAGGGGAUCGCUUCUACACGAACGACUUCUCCACCUCGAACCUGACGAGCCAAGGUUACCACUACUGCACCACGCCUCAGUCCGGCUCGCACGGUCUCAUGGGCAAGCUCAUCAUGUCGACGCUACCCGGUCAGUUCCCGUACAACUCAAUCUACGCGCUCUUCCCCUUCCGUGUACCGGACAGGACCAUCAGCAUGCUGAAGGAGAAGCGCACCCUCGAGCACUACGAUACCUCCUACCCAGCUCCCGCCCGCAACUGGCACGUCAUCGAAUCGUACUCUGCUAGCAAGCACAUCCUCGAAGACAGCCGCUACUUUGUUCCUCUGCCUUCGACCAAGUACGACGAGAACCUCAUGACCUCGGCGAUUCACUCGAUCCCGCGUUGGCAAGACGAGGUGUCGGACUUCUACAGCAUCAACACCGACACGCUCAUGAAGGAGCACAGCGUCUCCUUCUCGCCUUCGGGUCGCCAGAGGAUUGUCGAUCUACUCGAGGUAGUCAACACCGUCUCAGCCCAGUUUACCUCGAUCCUCUUCGCACUGCCCACAAGCGGCAGCCACGGAAUGCAACUCGGAGUGUCGCCUCAGGACCUCUUUGCUACACUUGCCAAACCACUUGCCUACGCCAUGUACGGCUCCUUUGACUUCCAAGGUCAUCAGACCUGGCAGCUCGAGGAACAGGCCGAAGUCUGCACCCGUCGUCUCAAAAACCUCAUCUGGGCUCGUCUCCACACCGUCGAUGGCCUCCUUUCGCCCGUCUUUUCGCUCGUUCAGGGCAUCUCCAACGUUGUCGGCGGACCCGGCAACAUUGCUGUCAACGACCUAGCCAAGCAGUUCUACCACACUCUGUUUGCGUCCGGCAAGAACAACGACGAGCUCGUCAAGGACUGUCUGCACAUGAUGGUGUCGAUGACGGCUACUCACUCGCUCGUACUGAUGCAGGCUUUCAAGUGGUUCUUGGAUGAGGAGAACGUGGAGCAUCUCUCGGCCGUGUAUACGCUUGCUCAGAAGAACGAGCCAGCCUCGAACGCAGAGCUGCGCAACCGCAUCAUGGAGGCUUACCGUCUCAACAGCAUCACUCCUCCGCAGGGCAAGUUUGCCCUUCAGGCUGUUGGUCUUCCUGACGUUGAUGGUAACAAGGUUCACGUUCAGGUCGGCGAUGGCGUCUACAUCUCGCCUUCGGCUCUCUAUCGUGACCCUCAUCUCUCUCAGGACCCUGAGCGCUUUUCGCCCAGCAGCAAGACUCCCGUUUGUCUCGGUCUCGGUGACACUCCCACACAAUUGAUCCUCGAAGUGGCCCUUCCUGCCAUCGCCAAGCAGUUCUUCAAACACUCUGGUCUUGCUAUGGCACCAGCUGGACCUCCUCCCGUCGUCAACGAUGCUGGACCGACCGCGAACGAGAAGCUGCCGUACUUGGUUAGCAACCAGGGCAAUGGCUAUCCUCUUCCCAUCAACACUUCGAUGCACGUCAUCUACGAGGCGUGA